GAUGCUCAGAGCCGGGAGGAGCGGGCAGCUUGGCAGGCAGGGCUGCCCCUGGGCCCUGCUAGCCUGGCUGCUUCUGGUGCCCUCGGGCAUUGCCCACUGCCCCCAUGCCUGCUGCCCCUUUGGCCCCUCAGGGCUGCUCUGCGUAAAGCCAGGAGCUCUCUCCAGCUUUGGCCUCCUGACAAGCUUGGAGAACCUGACAAGCUUGGAGAACCUGACGGAGCUCCAUAUUGAGAACCAGAAGGACUUGAAGCAUCUGGCCCUGUCUGACCUGAGCUUCCUGAGAGAGCUGAGGAACCUCACCAUUGUACACAGUGGUCUCCAAUCGGUGGCUCCAGAUGCCUUUCACUUCACCCCUCGGCUGAGCAGAUUGAAUCUUUCUUCCAAUGCACUGCACUCACUUUCUUGGAAAACUGUUCAGGGCCUUCCCCUGCAGGAACUGAUUUUGACUGGAAACCCCCUGAACUGUUCCUGUGCCCUUCAAUGGCUGCAGCGCUGGAAGGACAAAGGGCCGGCCAAACUGGAGUUUCCAUGCCAGGAGCCGGCUGCCAUCAUGCCCAACGACAGCUGUGGAAAGCCCCUGCUGAAGAUUGAGCUGUCCAGUACUACAGUGAAUGUAGGGGACAAUGUGACACUGAAUUGCCAGAUGGAGAGCCAGGGUCGGAGCUGGGCCGGCUGGAACAUUGAAGAGCUAUCUGAGUUUGCCACUGUGGUGCCCCUGGAAUCUGGGAAUCUGUCUUCCUUAUGGUUGAUUCUGGUCAAUGUCUCCAGCGACCUCAACAGGAAGAAUGUGACAUGCUGGGCUGAGAAUGAUGUGGACAGGUCGGAGGAAUCUGUGCAGGUCAACGUCUCCUUCCCAGCUAAGGUGCAUCUUCAUCAAGCAGUUGCCCAGCACCACUGGUGCAUCCCUUUCUCCGUGGACGGGCAGCCGCCUCCCACCAUCAUCUGGCACUUCGAAGGCCACGUGCUCAAUGAGACCAACUUCAUCUUCACGGAGUUCCUGGAGCAGGCAGCCAACGAGACCAUGAAACAUGGCUGCCUGCGACUUAACCAGCCCACGCAUGUCAACAAUGGCAAUUAUACCCUGGAAGCCUUCAACCCUAGUGGCCGGGAUUUUGCUUCUGAGAUUUUCUUCUUCAUGGACAAUCCUUUCCAGUUCAAACCCGAGGAUCCCAUCCCUGUUUCUUAUUCCCCGGGAGCAACCAACAGCACUUCUGGGCACCCUGUGGAGAAGAAAGAAGACUCAUAUUUUGGGGUCUCAGUGGCAGUGGGCUUAGCUGUUUUUGCCUGCCUCUUUCUCUUGGUCUUACUCAUUCUUCUCAACAAAUGUGGCCGGAGAAGCAAGUUCGGAAUCAACCGUCCUGCGGUCCUGGCCCCCGAGGACGGUCUGGCCAUGUCCCUACAUUUCAUGACUCUGGGAAACAGCUCCCUGUCUCCUGAGGGAAAGGGAUCCGGCCUUCAGGGGCACAUCAUCGAGAAUCCACAAUACUUCAGUGACGCCUGUGUCCAUCACAUUAAGCGCAGAGACAUCGUGCUCAAAUGGGAGCUGGGAGAAGGUGCCUUCGGGAAGGUCUUCCUAGCCGAAUGUCACAACCUGCUUCCAGAGCAGGACAAGAUGCUCGUGGCUGUCAAGGCCCUGAAGGAGGUGUCCGAGAGUGCCCGUCAGGACUUCCAGCGGGAGGCGGAGCUGCUGACCGUCCUGCAGCACCAGCACAUCGUCCGCUUUUUUGGGGUAUGCACAGAGGGCCGGCCGCUGCUCAUGGUCUUCGAGUACAUGAAACACGGAGACCUAAACCGCUUUCUCAGGUCUCAUGGACCAGAUGCUAAGAUCCUGGCUAGCGGAGUGGGUACGGCUCCUGGACCCCUAGGCCUGGGGCAACUGCUGGCAGUGGCUGGCCAGGUGGCAGCUGGGAUGGUCUAUCUGGCUAGCUUGCAUUUUGUGCACCGUGACCUGGCCACUCGAAACUGCCUGGUGGGUCAGGGACUUGUGGUCAAGAUUGGAGACUUUGGUAUGAGCCGAGACAUCUACAGCACUGACUACUACCGGGUGGGGGGCCGCACAAUGCUACCUAUACGAUGGAUGCCGCCAGAGAGUAUCCUCUAUCGGAAGUUCACCACGGAAAGUGAUGUCUGGAGCUUCGGCGUCCUUCUCUGGGAGAUCUUCACCUACGGCAAACAGCCCUGGUACCAGCUCUCCAACACUGAGGCCAUCGAGUGCAUUACUCAGGGCAGGGAACUGGAGAGGCCCCGGGCCUGUCCCCCAGAGGUCUACGCCAUCAUGCGUGGCUGCUGGCAGCGGGAGCCCCAGCAACGCCACAGCAUCAAGGACAUCCAUGCCCGGCUCCAGGCCCUCAUCAAGGCCCCUCCUGUCUACCUGGACGUCCUGGGCUAGCCACAAGGCCCUGAGGAUCAGGCCUCCAAAGCUUCUGGGGCUCCUAACCUUGCUCACUUUCACUACCACAGCCACCCCUAUUAUUACCAUCCAUGGGUGAUCUCAAAGCAUUUUCAACUCAUCCUUAGCCCAGGAGCCCAAGAGGAGCCGAGGAGGGGGGUGGGGGGGAUUAGGGUGGGGG